AGCAGGGCAGGCGUGAUCUGAUCACUGAAGCCAGAGUAAACUAGCCGAGUAAUGUGCUAGCGGACUCAUCCUCUUUUGACUGCGGUGAGAAGGAAAGCGUCAAAAUAUAGCUUGUGUGCUUAACAAGGAAAAUGAACACAGAGAAGUUGGAGCAGUUUCGGGAGAAAAUUCGAGCAGAGCUUGACAGAGUGGUGGACUUUUGGCUGAAACAUUCUCACGACAACCAAUAUGGUGGGUUUUUUACUUGUAUAGGAAAAGAUGGAACAGUUUAUGAUGAGCUGAAAUACGUGUGGUUGCAGGGGAGGCAGGUAUGGAUGUACUGCCAUCUUUAUAGGACGGUGAAGAGAUUUCACAGGACAGAAAUACUGGAUGCUGCCAUAUCAGGAGGGAAGUUCUUGCGGCAGUUUGCUUGGGUUCCCUCUGCUGGCAGCUCAGGGAAGUGCGCCUUCUGCCUGUCCAGAGACGGUAAAGCUGUGAAGGUGCAGAGAACAAUCUUCAGUGAAUGUUUCUAUGUAAUGGCCAUGGAUGAGCUGGCUAGGGUCACGGGAGACCAGGAGAUGCAGGCGGAAGCUGAGAGGGUGAUGGACCUGCUUGUGCACUGGGUCCGGGUGGACCCAUCCGGCUUAGGCCGGCUGCAGCUGCCCGGAGACCCUCCGGUCAACAGCAUGGCAGUACCCAUGAUGCUCUUGUGCCUGGUGCAGCAGCUUACAGAGGGCAGGGCGGAGCUGGCGGGUAAAUACAGGGAACUGGGCCAGUGGUGCGUCCAGCAGAUUCUCCAACACGUGCAGAGAGACGGGACUGCCAUUUUGGAAAAUGUCUCCAAGGAAGGAAAGGAACUGCCUGGUUGCCAGGGGCGACUGCAGAACCCAGGUCAUGCCCUGGAAGCCGGCUGGUUCCUGUUCCAGUAUGCUGUACAAGCCGGUGACCAGGAGCUGCAGAGGACAGCCGUGGACAAGUUCAUGGAGGUCCCCUUCCACAAGGGCUGGGACCAGCAGCACGGGGGGCUCUUCUACUUCCUGGAUGUGGAUGGCCAUUGUCCCACACAGCUGGAGUGGAGCAUGAAGCUGUGGUGGCCGCACUGCGAGGCCCUCAUCGCCUACCUGAUGGCAUACCGCCACACCCGCGAGCCUCGGCUGCUGGAGAGGUUCACCCAGGUGUACGACUACACCUUCAGCCAUUUUCCUGAUGCAGAUCAUGGGGAGUGGUUUGGGUAUCUGACACAGCAGGGAAGCGUGGCGCUUCACUUCAAGGGAGGACCUUUUAAAGGGUUCUUCCAUGUGCCUCGGUGCCUGUAUAUGUGCGAGAGACUCCUGGACAGCCUCUUGGGGGAUUCCUGUGAUUCCUGAGGCCCUAGUGCCUACAUGACCCUGAGAUGCCCUCAACAUUGCCUCCUGGGUUCAUAAGGGACAGAUUUGGGGGGGGUGUAAGGGUGGGUACUGUCAGCUUCAUUUUGCCUUCACUCCUGAGAGAAACUUCUGGAUAGCGCAUGCUGUCAGAUUAAUUGCAUCCAUUGCCACUUUUGGAGGAUAUCCAGUGCAAUCCAUUACCUUUGAAAAAUUGGGCAGUCAUCCAGUUUGGUUUUAACGAUGACUGAACCCAGGGCAUCUAACUCCGCUCCUUGCGGCUGCGGCUCCAUUAACUUCUGUCCGGCCUUGGUUCUCCUGCAGAUGGUUCCGAGGUGGCUCGUGAUUUCAGCAGAUCCCUAUCUGCAUUAACUGGGCUCUGCCGAAGCAGCCUUGUGCAUUAAUGCCUGCAAUAUCAAUUUCACCUAUGUUAACAACAUGUAUGAGCUCAUAAUCCUCCAUUUUAAAACAUGUCCUUCUUCUUUGCAAGCUGUCAGUUGACAACCUUGCCUCUGUGACUAUCAGUGUUUAGCCUUAUGCACUCCACACAUAUUUUACACAAGAUGUCCAAUUGGUUAGUCCUGUCGGUCAUACGUGUCUUGGGGGAAGGCAUACAAGAGCAAAAUUUACCUGUCAUGACUGAACCAUGGCUCAAAAAGGUCAGUCUAUUACAGAUGGGCAAUGCCUCAGGCUCAACCAUUGUGACAGUUUCCAAAACUGAAGCAGGGCAACUCUCUUCAGACUGAGAAUUAAGCAUCCCAUACAAUGUAUCUGUCUGCUGGGCAGGCAAGCCUUGGCCUUCUGGCCCUCACAAACUCAAUUACUGCAUCCCCUUAGGGUGAUGAAGGGGGCUGAGGCUGGAAAAAACCUUUCAGUUAAUCCCUUGUCUGGCAACCUCCCAUAUUCAUGGUCUCCAGGCAGUAUAUAUGAGUAUGUAUUGACUUAUGGCUGAGAAGCUGUCAUUGUUGCAGAACCCUGCAGAUAAUCAAUUGUUUCUGCAAUUGUAAUUUAACAGCUCCACAUUUGUUGCCGCCUUUGCUAAAACUUUGAAGGUUCAGUGGUUUAAAAUUCUUGUCUCACACACUAGGACAGUGAAAGUCAUAAAGGCACAUUACAGCUAAAAAUCUUACGGAGUCUUCUCUGAAUUACAGUAAAAUCUGUGUAUUUUUGUCUGAAAAGAAGGGGUGUACUACGGUUUAAAUGGUAGUUUGAAAACAGCCGUUCAACUGUAUAUUACAUAUGCAAGAACCACAUAC